CCCUAGAAAUCGAUGUUGGCAACGCUUAGUACAUAGUAGGUAAAUGGCGGUGGCGUGUUAAUCAGUCAAAUAAAGUUUUGGUUUUUAAUUGAUUAUGCUUCAUUCUCAGAAUCCUACUGACUAAUUUUUCCAACUUUGGGAUUAGAGUUAUUUCUGUAAAAAAUUCAAUAAGCAAUAAUGACUACCAAGGAGGAGGAAAAAGAGGAGUUCUCAGGAAGUGAUUUUGAUGAAGAUGAAGAUCCAGAUAAAAUAGAAGUACCAGGUGGUGGCAAAGAUUUGGCAGCUGCCGCUGCUUUAGCUGGUUCAAAACCCAAACCAAAGACGGCAAUGUUUGACAUGCCAAUCCCACAAAUGCCUAAUAUGGGCCCACAUUAUGGUGGCAACAGUAAGAUGCCAUCUGGUAUGCCAUCACCAUUCGAUAUGAUGAGGUCCCCAAUGGGCUCACCAUAUGGUAUGGGUAGCAUGGCGGCAAUGGCAAGCAUGCUCAGUGGACUGGGUGGUCCGAUGAACAUGGGUCAGAUGUUCCCCCCUGGGGCUGGUGGUGGGGGAAAUCCUGCCAGCGCCGCAUUUCACGCUGCCCAUUUUCUACAGCAGAUGGAAAUGGCUGCCUUAGGCCUCAAUGGUCAGUUGCAGAAUCCCUUUUUCCAGAACAUGGCGGCUUUACUUUAUUCUACACCUCCUGGUCAGCCCCCAUGGGGUCCCCAAUUGAGCAACAAAGCUGUAGCUUCCAUGUGGAUGAAUGCAGACGCCAAACCGAUGCAUCACCAAGAGGAGGAAGAGGUUGAUGACGAAGAACUUGGUGUGGCAGAGACAUACGCAGACUAUAUGCCUUCCAAAUUGAAACUUGGGAGGAAACAUCCUGAUCCAGUGGUAGAAACAGCUUCGUUAUCAUCUGUAGCUCCUGCAGAUGUUUGGUAUAAAUUAUCGAUUCCAGAUGAGACAAUUCGUACUGGAGCUCUUUCUGCAUUGCAGUUAGAAAGUAUUACUUAUGCUUCUCAAGCUCAUGAACACAUUCUGCCUGAUGGGACGAGAGCUGGCUUUCUUAUAGGUGACGGUGCUGGAGUUGGUAAAGGUCGUACAAUAGCUGGUAUUAUAUUCGAGAACUACAUGAAAGGCAGAAAGCGAGCAAUUUGGGUUUCUGUCUCGAACGAUCUCAAAUAUGACGCCGAAAGAGAUUUGAAAGAUAUAGGUGCUGGCAAAGUAACGGUUCAUGCCUUGAACAAGUUCAAGUAUGCUAAGAUCUCCUCAGUUAUCAAUGGCAACGUCAAGAAAGGUGUUAUAUUUAGCACUUAUUCGGCCCUCAUUGGAGAAAGUAAUUCAGCUGGCGGUAAAUACAAAAGCAGGUUGAAGCAACUACUUCAGUGGUGUGGUCAAGAUUUUGAUGGUCUUAUAGUUUUUGAUGAAUGUCAUAGGGCGAAAAAUUUAUGUCCGGUAGGAUCUUCCAAACCUACAAAGACAGGUUUAACAGUCUUGGAACUACAGAAUAAACUACCCAAAGCACGUGUAAUUUACGCUUCAGCGACAGGAGCAUCUGAACCCAGAAAUAUGGCUUAUAUGGUCAGAUUGGGUAUGUGGGGAGAAGGAACUCCAUUCAAGGAAUUUUCCGACUUUAUUUCCGCUGUUGAGAAGAGAGGCGUUGGAGCUAUGGAGAUAGUUGCGAUGGAUAUGAAAUUGAGAGGUAUGUACAUAGCAAGGCAACUCAGUUUUCAUGGUGUCGCCUUCAAAAUAGAGGAGGUGCCUCUAUCCAAGGAUUUCGAGAAGGUAUACGAUGCCAGCGUCAAGCUAUGGGUGGAGGCGAUGCAACGUUUCCAUGAAGCUGCUGAACUGGUCGAUGCAGAGAACAGAAUGCGAAAGACAAUGUGGGGCCAGUUCUGGUCAGCGCAUCAGCGUUUCUUUAAGUACCUCUGCAUAGCAGCGAAAGUGCCACACGCCGUUUCUGUGGCCCACGAGGCGAUAAAGUGCGGCAAAUGUGUGGUGAUUGGUCUUCAGAGCACUGGUGAGGCGAGGACGUUGGAACAAUUGGAGAGGGACGAAGGAGAAUUGACGGAUUUCGUAUCAACAGCUAAAGGAGUUUUCCAAACAUUAGUGGAAAAACACUUUCCAGCGCCAGACAGAAAUAGGAUACAUAGGUUAUUAGGGCUAGAACCUCCACCAUCUAACUCUAAAAAAUCUUCUAAUGGUGUCCACGAAGAAGGAAACACUUCGAAUUCAAGUGGCAAAAGAAAACCAAUGAGACAGGCGGCAGCUAGAGCAGUAAAAAGGAAUAAAUGGUCAACUUCUGACAGUGAAAACGACUCUGAGAAAAGUACAGAUUCGGAGUUUAAGAUGACAGAUAAUGAGAGUGAAAUAUCAGAGGAACAUUCUGACUCGGCACAAAGCAGUGAUUUUAACCCUUUCAUUUCGGACAGCGAUUCAGACAACGAUCCUUGGAGUAGGACCAAGAAGAAGGGUAAAAAAACAAAGAAGGUUGCUAAGAAACGCCCAUCUGCGCAAGAAAAACUUUCCUUGAUGAUCACACAAAAGAGUAAUAAAGCUAAAAGUAAUGGAGGCUCAUUUACUGGCGCUCCUCCAAAAGACGCCAUCGAAAGGGCGUGUUCCAUGAAGGAAGAUCUCCUAAGUAAGAUUGAAAGACUUGGGGAAAAACUGCCACCGAAUACUUUGGAUCAACUAAUUGAUGAGUUGGGAGGUCCAGAGAAUGUUGCUGAGAUGACAGGGAGAAAAGGUCGUGUGGUUCAGACCGAAGACGGUGGUAUCCAGUAUGAGAGCAGAUCAGAACAGGAUGUCCCUCUAGAAACGUUGAAUCUGACGGAGAAGCAACGUUUUAUGGACGGUGAAAAGGAUGUCGCUAUCAUUUCUGAAGCUGCAUCGAGCGGUAUAUCGUUGCAGAGUGACAGAAGAGUCAAGAACCAGAGAAGAAGGGUUCACAUAACACUGGAGCUUCCCUGGUCUGCUGACAGGGCUAUACAACAGUUCGGUAGGACACAUAGAAGUAAUCAAGUCAAUGCUCCAGAAUAUAUCUUUCUUAUAUCCGAUCUAGCCGGGGAGAGAAGGUUCGCUUCAAUUGUAGCGAAACGUCUAGAAAGUCUUGGGGCCCUCACGCACGGUGAUCGUCGCGCUACUGAAACCAGGGACCUGAGCCAAUUCAAUAUAGACAACAAGUACGGCAGGUCAGCCCUAGAGGCAACCAUGAAGGCAGUAAUGGGUUACGACGCUCCCGUAGUGCCGCCACCGAAAGACUACAAGGGUGACUUCUUCAAAGACGUCGCAGCCGCUCUGGUGGGCGUGGGGCUGAUAGUGAACAGCGAAUCUAUGCCCGGGGUGCUAUCCCUGGACAAGGACUAUAACAACAUGUCCAAGUUCCUGAACAGGAUACUCGGCAUGCCAGUUGAGCUUCAAAACAGGCUAUUCAAGUAUUUUACAGAUACCCUGAGUGCGAUCAUUAUACAGGCUAAACGUAGUGGAAGGUUUGAUCUUGGUAUUCUGGAUCUUGGAGCCGGUGGUGAGGUUGUUAAACGAGUGAAGACUGUAACAUUCCUGCGAAAACAUGCAACGGGCACGGCACCAACGGAACUACACACCGUACACGUUGAGAGGGGCAUGUCUUGGCCGGAGGCUUUGGAAAAGCUGUCCGAGACGACGGGCGAAAACGAAGGAUUCUACGUCUCCCACCAGGUCCGCAACGGCAAGCACACAGCCAUACUAGCCAUGGAAAUGGAUUCCGGGAACAAGAAGAAGCUAGAAUCUAAAAAAGAACAGAUGUUCUCAGUGUACAGACCUAAUACGGGUUUACAAUUCAGGCAGGAGAGCCUUGCAGAGCUGGAAAAGAAGUACAAGAAGGUUGAAUCAGGUGAAGCGGAGAAAGCUUGGACGGAACAGUAUGAUUCAUCUGUAAAUACCUGUUCUCACGCCUAUUGGCGUGGUAAUUGCAGAAUGGUGAAUCUUGGACAAGAUUGUGAGGUCGGUUUGAGAAGAAGAACGUACAAUGUUGUGUCAGGAUCGGUAUUGUCUGUAUGGAGUAGAGUUGAAGGUGUGUUAGCUAGUAAGAAUGGUACACAUAAUAAUAAGAUGCAAGUUAUCAGAUUGAGAACCAAAGACGAUUUGAAGAUUGUUGGUACACUGAUACCUAAGAAUUGUGUUGAUGCACUGAUAGAGGCGCUGUCAUCUGAUGCAGAGAAAGUGGACGAACAAAAAUUCCCGUAGGAUCUACAAAUAUCAUUUAAAAUGGAUUUACACAGGGCUGCAAGUAUUACUAAAAAAAAGUGACAGUUAUUAACGAACAGAUCGUUGGAAAAAGUAACUGUAUAAUAUGUAGAACUGAAUGAUUGAUAUUUGUUUUCAUUUUAGAUGAAAAAAGUUGAGGUUCCGAAAUAUUUCCAAGAAAUUAUCGAAAAAAAAAAUAUGAGAAAAAUCUGUGACAUAGUUAUUUUAGGUAAUGUCUAAUGUAUUUAUAUAAACGUAGAUUUUUAAUGAUUUUUUCUUAUAUCAAAAUACACAGGUUGAUGAUAAAGGACACCAAAACACAAAUGACACAUGCCAACACUAGUUGUUUUUCAAUUUAUAAUAAUUCCGUUAUACAAAACAAAUUCAGCUUAUUUCCUAGUACACCAGUGGAGUUGUCAGAUUUUGCUGAAUUGAUUAAUUUAACUUAAAAAUUUCCUGUGAUUUGUCACCAAUUUGAUAUGUAGCCUUGAAAGUAAUAAUGGCUAUAAGCCCUUCUGCUUUCGUGAAUGUUGCAAGUUCCUAAAAUAAACACUUUUCUGGAAUGUAUUUUGAUAUUUCAAGAACCACAAUAAUCAUUUCACUGGUGUGUUCUAAUUUCAAGCAAAAUUGCUUAUAUAUCUUAUGUAUAUUUGGAUGUGUUCAAACGCUAAAUAAGCAGAAAAAGAAAUGAAAAUUACCCACAA